AAGAUGUCACUAAAUCUAAGAUCACGAGUACAUACUAAAAGCUGAGUAAAUAAAGAAAUACGAACACGCCGAGAACUUAUGAAUGUACCUCCUACGUCCUACCGGCGUGACUGAGUUGCUACUUCUGUACGUUAAUAAUGUGAGGACAAGCUACUUUCACAAUCCACCAUCAAUCCUUUGAACAUUUUAAACUUUUAGUAUCGAUAGUAGUGAAGAACUAUCGCAGCUGCCAAGAUGUAUCAGCAAGUUGCGACGACGGAGAAGGGCAAGGAGCUCCUGGAAGGAGUGCGGGGGAAGUUCGGCGGGAUGUUUAAGUUCAUGUUCUUCACCUCCGCAUCAAUAGUAACGUUCUCGGGGAUACUAUCGAUUGUCGUCGCCGCGACAAACAUGAGGCCACCCUUCGACUUCAUCAAUUACGUAUCGUAUAUUUGAUAGAGGAUUCUUUCGUGUAUUGUUUGUCAUGCGAAAUACUUCCCGAAGAGGAAAGAUUUCUGUCAUGCAAAAAACACAUCAAAAACAAGACUUCUAAAACUUCCACUUUUCAGGUCUUCCUGACAAUAUUCGGGCUGAUAAUGAUGGCGAUGGAUGCACCAAACGAGACACCCUUUCUUAGAGGAUUCCGCUUAUCGAAGUGGGAAAGAGCGUGCCAGUGUUGAACACCUAAAUCUGUAGCCUGUAAAACAUGCAAAACAUCAUUCGCGUUACAUGCUUGUCAUGUCAGGGAGCCAGUUUUUACGUAGGUAAGCACAACUCGAAUAAGUACUGCUGAUCGCACGAAUUUGUAGUACACUAAAGCGCGCUUUCUUUCCCUGGAUUUCGAGCGGCAUUGCUCUACUACGCACUCUUCAUGACGAGAUUUGUCGGCAGGGGAAUAUGGUAAGUCUACAGAUUUUGAUGCUCUGUAUAUGCCAUUGCAAUUGCUGCAUGACAACCGAGGCUAUCUUUGUGCGGUUCUGCAUGACAAAUUCAUGACAAAUUUCCAUCAGGUACCUUUUUCUGGGCAGCAUCACAGUCGGUGCGCUCUACGACAACGACAUACUACCAGCACUCGGAUAUGGAUCGGAAAAAAUUAUUGCUAGCGCUGCUAGGGCGGAGAAAAUAAUUGCUAGCGCUGCUAGCGCUGCUAGGGCGGAGAAAAUUAGGUUUGUUUAUGAUGCUUGCAUACGAGAGCUCCCAAACCAGGUGGAGGCGCCGCCCUGGUUGCUGGUUUGGGUGGACGCAGCUCUCGUGUGCCGGAGCACCUGUAUGCCGCUGGGGGACGCAACAGCUUUUUGCUGUUGAAUCGGUCCGGAUUAGCGCAGCAGGGGCCUUGCUUGAGGCCCCUCCCCUGUGCUUCGUCCCUGCAUGCAUAAGGACCUCCAGGGCUGUGCAUCAUGUUCGAUCUACGUAGACACUCGCUGCGUGUCUACGCCUUCGCGCAGCAUGGGUCCGGUCCCAUGUUGCACGUUGUGCCUGCCUUUUCGCGCGCCAGCCCCUUUUGCUUCUACCGCUACCGCUCGUCUUACGAAAGGCCUUGAGAAUUUAUUUCCAUACGUAUUUACAAACGCUUAACUAUGAGUAGCAGUACUAAGUUUAUUUCCGAUUUACUUAGUUUCUCAGUAGAAGUUUACGUUACGUAGUAGCUUAGCAUUUACCAGUUUAGUAGGCCUCUGAACGGCAAAGGGACGAACAGCCCGUAGACCUCCGAUGUGAUGCAGAAGUUCUAACUGCAAUAGCUUUUGUGAUGCUUCAAGGCCUGAAGAGGCAAACGUCAAUGCUUGAUAGUACGCCACUAUUACCAGUGUGCACGACCACCGCAUGACAAGUCCUUCAGACAUGCGCUAGCGCCGUUUUUCCAUCCGAUGCCGAUUGGGUGCUAGGCGGUUACAUUAUGGGAGUGGCGUCUUACAGUACUUUGUUAUGAACAAUUUUGAUGUUCCUUCAUCAUGCUGGUAAGACUGCAUAGCAUAUUUCAACGACAAGACAUUGCCUACAGUAUGUACGAAUUUGAUGUACAAGAACCCAUCAAGGUAUCUUCUACGGAAUCAAGCUGAGUAAGAACCUGGAGGCGGUGCGAAAGAAAAUCUUGGACCAGGGUCCGGAACAGUGGGGCGCAUACAUUCCACCAAAUGGAUAUGGGAAUGAAUUCUGCUCUUGAGUCACGAUGACGGAGGUGAAGAGGUCUGUCAUGCGUAAGAAAGCUACACAGCGGAUGAACUUUGUCAUGAUCCGAAGCGAAAAAGUACGAGCAGCAUCCAGGAGAGAAGUAGCCACAUGGAUAGACCACGUCUGUCACGUGACUCUCAAUGCUUUCCAAUGGAUCCUGCCAUGUCAAAAAUCCAGCUCCGGGACCUCGCCAGCGCAUUAACAAGUAUCUUUCUAUCAGUUCCUUUCGUUUUGCUUUCCUUCGUUGCAUGAGAAAACAAAAUAACUUGGUGAUAACUUCUUUGCUUGCAGCAUGGGAAAUCACUGGUCAUGAUGCGUCGACAACAGUGGUACCUUGGAGCAAAUGAAAAAACGAAAACAGCUGUAACAUUCAAGGACGAAGAGCUCAAUUACAUUGUCGCCGGCAUGAGCGUAUGCUGUGCAGAAGUAUCGUACUCGCAUAAGUGCAUUACAAAUUUCCUCAGCAUGAGAAAUAAAAUUUGUUAUGCCGGUUUACCUCAAGAAAAAAAAUGCAUGAUUGCAAUUACUACGAGUACGAUGCUUUUGCAAUGCAUAGAGCAUGGACUUCCGAGACGACGGCAUCAUCAGCCAGGAUGAGUUCGAAGCGUGGGUCCGGGGGCCGGAUAUGCUGGUGUUGUAGUUAGAAAUCGGUUGUUGUGGUACACCAGCAUGCUUUUUUACGAGAGUCUCGUUUACUAUGGAAUCUGCAAGAACUACUUAUCGCAAUCGCGAUCGACGGUGUCGCGCAAGCCAAAAAAGCGCAACGCAAGUCCCACUCUCAUUUUCCUGAAAAAGUCCACGUAAGAUUCUGAAGUAGUGCAAGCAACAAGCGCAAGGCGAUAAAUCACACAGCUGCUUUGUGGUGGCCUUGCGCUUUGAAAGUCGAAUAACUCCAAUGUCGACUUGUGAAAGCCAGCUUAUAUACGAGGAAUGGUCCAGCAUAAAUAUUCACCUCGAGGAGGAGCGAAAAAGACGCGAGGAACUACUGUGCCGUGUGUAUAUUGAAGAAUUUGCCGCGUCAAGAUGAAGAAAAAGGAGAAGUCGUACGACCGGAGAAAAAUAUUGCUCCACCCCCUUGUGCAACUUCCUAUCGACAGAAUGACAGGUCAUGCUGUCGACACCGUGCUCAAGGUUCGAGAAGCGGAC